UGCCCAAGGAGCAUCAUACCUGAAAAAGGAGAUUCUCCAAUGCGCAAGAGGCAACCCACCGUGGAGGUUUUAGUUGUUUAUAAAAGACGUGCCUUAUGGGACCAAAAAGACAGAAAUCAUCACAAUAGAUACAUAUUAGAUAAACUUUGGGAAGAAGUGGCAACGGAACUGCAUAGUACAAGUAAGGAAAUUAGAAAUAAGUGGAAAAAUUUGAGAGAUAAAUUUCGUAUUGAGAUGUACAAAAAAAUAAAGCCGAAGUCAGAUGAUGGCACUGGAGAGUAUAUCGAAAAUCUAGAUGAAAAUCAGCAAAUAAAUGAAGCAGAAGUAUCUUCCUGGCAAUAUUUUAAGCCUUUAUUAUUUCUCAAGGAUCAAUUUACUCCUCGAGAAAAUAAAGGGAAUAAGAAUUUGACCUCGCAAAAAGCAACAUCCCCUGCACCUGUAGAUCCUGCAACGCUAGAUCCAAAUGAAAGCUUAUUCGAGGAUAGUAGCCCUUCUCCGUCCCCAUCCGUUGCCAGUUGCAGCAGCAGUCAUAAGAAAAGAUCUAAAAGACCACAUAAUCAUUUAAGUGAUAUUGGGUCAAAAUUAGUGGAAUUGGAAAAAAAGAAAUUGAAACUGCUAGCUGAAGACCAAAAUGAAGAUAUUCGGUUUUUUGAGAGUCUCAUUCCCCAUAUAAAAAAACUUUCGGAUGAGAAAAGAAUGCUAUUGAUGAUGGAUAUUCAGCAAGUUGUGUAUCGACAUGUUUACAGUACACCGCAAACACCAUCACCAUUUUCUCCUCUUCAAGGACAUACAGUCUAUUGAGAAUUUAUGGACAGAGAUUGAAAGAAGAUUAAGAAAGUUUGAAACUACGAUACAUUAUAUCAUUAAAAAAUCAAAAUCUGAAGGAAAAACAUGUACCGUUCAGGCUGUCCAAGGAAAUUAACAGAAAAAGAAGAAAGAAGUUUGAUUCAUUAAAUUAAAAAAAAUCUAAAGAUUCUUACUACAAAACUUGCAAUAGUAGUUAAGAAAUAGUUCAAGAAGAAUGUACAUCUAGAAUUAUGCAGAAGAAUACUACGGGAAAAUGAUUAUGCCAGAGUUCAGAAAGAAGCCGUACAUUAGCGACAUAAAUAAGAAAAAAAGAUUAAAAUUCGCCAAGGAAUUUAUUAGUAAAGUAUAAAAAUCGAAAUUCAACGUUUUUGGAUCGGACGGACGGAGUUUUAUUUGGAGACAAGCAAAUACCGAAAUGUAUGUAAAAAACAUGCGUGCAUAGGGGGAGGAGGGAGGUUCGAUUAUAGUAGAUUUGGGCGUGUGUGGCAGCAGGCAACAUUUGAUCUUCAUAGAUGCAACAAUGGACAAAUAUAAAUAUUUCCACAUUUUACCGGAAAAUUUAAAAGAAAGUGCAAGAAAAUUGGGUAUAUAUAUGAAGACGUUUACUUUACUUUCAACAAGACAAUGACCCUAAGCAUGCUGCAGGAAUCGUUAAAGAAUGGAUCUUAUAUAAUACUCCUCACAUAUUGGUCACACUACCACAAAGCUGUGAUUAACUCGAUCGAGCAUCUUUGGGUUAUAAUAGGAAAAGGGCUACAAAAAUUUAACAUAACAUCCAAAGCAAAUUUGAAAGAAAAAAUACUCGAAUUCUAUAUUAUCUAGUGUUACAGAAAAGUAAAACUGUUACAGAAAACAGUAUGCACAAUCGUUUACAACAUAUUAUUCGUCCAAAGGUGGACCUACUAAAUAUUAGAGUUUUAAGUCACUUGUUCAAAACUUUUGUGGCUUCAGCGAAAUCUACGUUUGUGAAAAACAAUUCAUAACUAUUAUGUAUAUUUCUCGAUUUGUUUGAAACGUUACUUAUAUAAUCCAGAGUAUAUACAGUGUUAAUAAUAUUUUUGUAUGUACUGUAUAACAUACUUAUUAUAACUUAGGAAAUAUUUUAGUAAGUAUUCAAAUACUUUCGUGAGUCACUGUACAUAUGAUCAAUAAAGAAAACAAUCUUAGAUCAUGUUCGAUCAACGCAAAAAUAAAAAGCAUAAAUUAAAAAAAAGUUAUCCCAAAUUUAACUAAACGCUAGCUAGC